UAUGCUACCUAAAAGUGCUCAAUUCUUUCGUUUCUAAGCAAACCAAAAAAGUUUCUUUUCCUCUCAGUCUCAGGCAAGGCCUUUUCUCAACUUUAACCAAAAUAAAAUUGUAUUUGUGCUUUGGUUAUGUGUAAAAGUUGGGGAAGAAAAAGUUGGGUUUCUUUCAUUCGGGCCAUCAAUCUUUGACUAACAGCUGCUAUCAGAGUCAAGUCAACCAAGCACAGUUAACACGGAAAACCCAUCAAUUUUUCUUUAGAAAGUCUGCUGUUACAUAAUACAACAAGAAAAAAGAGAAUUGAAUUCGUGUGCACAGAAGAGUCUGCUCCUGGUUGAUUCAGGAACACAACAACACAAGCUGAAGUUUGAUGAAAGAACUAUUCAGAGGCUUAAGCUGAUUGGUUGUAUCUCAGAGAGUGGUAAAUAAUAGUAAUAAGAAUAUAAAAGAUGGGAUCUUUCAAGGGUCAUGUUCUACCAGGAACAUUGUUUCUAGUAGUUGGGUUGUGGCACGUAUGGAGCUCUUUGGUUCGAUAUGUAUCGAACCCAAAAAAGUAUAAGGUUCAGGUUUGGAACCCUGUGCCUGGUUUUGAUGGAAGGCUUAAGUACUUGGAGCUUUAUAUUAUUGUGAUUGGUGCUUUUAUUGAUAUGUGUAUUGAGCUUUUGUAUUCGACCCACCUCAAGUUUCUUGUGAAUGGGGUCUUGAAUCCUUCCCACAUGAAUGAUUUCGAGCAUUCAGGGAUGCUCCUCAUGUUCUUCAUCUUUGGUUUGGUUGCUCUGCUCUCUCAGAAGACAAGGUUUCUUCCCUUGCCAGAAGGAGCUCUUUGUUUGAUUGUCUCCUCAGCAUUCUGUGCUGAGUAUCUCCUAUUCUACUUUCACUCAACAAACCAUAAAGGCCUUGAGGGGUACUACCACUUUCUCCUUGUUCUCCUGAUAGGCCUUUGUGUACUGUCCACUGUUGUUGGAGCCCUCUUUCCAAGCAGCUUCCCGGUUGAUUUAUGCUGUGGCAUUGCUAUAACUCUCCAAGGUCUCUGGUUCUAUCAGACUGCAUUCACUCUCUAUGGCCCCAUGAUGCCAGAAGGUUGCCAGCUAAAGGAAAACCAGAUCUCUUGUCACUCAAAAGACAGUGAGGUCCGAGGUGAGUUGCUUGCAAACUUCCAGCUCUUUGUACUGGUCCUUGGUGUCCUUGUUGCAGCUGUGGGAUCAUUUGGUUUUGUGGCUUCAAGAUAUGGGCAUUCUGAACUAGGGAGCUUGCAUGCAGUUCAUGGAGAAAUUAAUCAGGAAUAGUGAGGUAUACAAUAUCAAUUAUUUUCCAGUCUUCUAAAGCGGGGUAUAUUUUUAAUUUUUCUUUAUAAGGAGGCAUGUCGAGACAUGAAAUUGUUUUAUUCUGUUUGCAUAUCUUUUGAAUGUACAUCAACAUCUUGUAGAAUAGUUAUAAGUUAAAAUAAGAACUUUUUGUAGGAUGAUCAAACUAAAACAGUAAUUUUGUCAAUGAAAAUUACAUGAUACUUUUUGUACCAUCUACCCCUAUUAUACAGUUUUACAUUGCUUCUCUCGCUCUCUGUUUAUAUAUAUGUUGACAUUUGAGCAAGCUUCAUUCAAACUGACCAGAAACAAUACAACUGUCCACAUCCUUCCUGAUCACAUGCUUAAACUAAUCAGGUAAGGAUAAAACAUCAACAAAAACAUUUCAGUUAUUAAACAAACCCCACUUUGCUAAAACAUGGGUAGGUUGUGUAUAUUAGAUAUUUCAGAAUCACAAUUAAUUCUAAAACAGCACAAGGGAGGUGCUUGCCAAUGAUUUAUCUGUCUGACACUGCUAUUUGUGUUCUGCUAAAUUGAAACUGCUAGAUGCUCCUGGAAUUACUUGUCUGUAAUUGCCAGCAUGACAUUAAUAU